CUUUUUUUAAAACUUUUAGGUUUUUAUCACGGUUUUGCUCCUCGUUGGCAGAAACUCGUUGUCUCUCUGUAUCUUACUCUCUGCAGCUAGCUUUCCCCUCUUUAGGUAUCUGUACGUAACCAAACAAAACUAUGGGAAAGAAGAGAAAGCACGUUGAGACACAGGUCAUUGAACCUGCAAAGAAAGAUGAAGGUGCACCAGAGAGACCCAAAAGGACGCUCUUGGGUUGGAAAGAUAAACCUGAAGUGAAAGAGACUGAAUUUAUACCUCCUCAACAGGGUGGUUUUAGAAAUAAAGAGAAAGUCUUGGUUACUUGUUCUAGGCGUAUCAAUUUCAGGUAUAGGCACUUGAUGUUGAAUUUGGUGUCACUUCUGCCGCAUUGUAAGAAGGAUAGUAAGGUUGAGUCUACAAGUACUAAAGGCGCGACAUUGAAUGAGCUUGUGGAGUUGAAGAAUGGUUCUUCCUCUUUGUUCUUUGAGUGCAGGAAACAUAAAGAUUUGUAUCUAUGGAUGGUCAAGUGCCCUAGUGGUCCGUCUGUGAAAUUCUUAGUCAAUGCUGUGCACACAAUGGAAGAAUUGAAGCUUACAGGAAAUCAUCUGAAAGGGUCAAGACCCCUCUUGACUUUCUCAGCUAAUUUUGAUAAAGAUGCCCACUGGAAACUCCUGAAGGAGAUGAUCAUUCAGAUAUUUGGAACUCCAAAAGAUCACAGGAAAUCUAAGCCUUUUUAUGACCAUGUCUUUGUUUUCUCCAUUGUUGAUGACCAUAUAUGGUUUCGGAAUUAUCAGAUAUCUGUUCCUCAUAACGAAACAGAUAAAAUAGCUCGGGGAGGCCUGGAUAAGAUGACCCUUGUUGAGGUUGGUCCAAGAUUUUGCUUGAAUCCUAUCAAGAUUUUUGGUGGCAGCUUUGGAGGCCCAACAUUGUAUGAAAAUCCCUUUUUUGUAUCACCUAACCAGAUUCGAGCACUGGAGAAAAAGCAGAAGGCUGGGAAGUUUGCCAAGAAAGUCAAAGCCAAGACGAGGAGGAAGAUGCACGAGCUAUCAAAUCCAUUGGAGCCUGAUGAAUUUGCAGACAUGUGGAAGGAAUGAUCUCCUCCUCCUCCUCAUGUUGUUGGUUUUAUUAUAUCACCUUGUAUCCUACAUGGAAAAUAUGACCAUUUUGGUAUUAUUGCCCUCGUUGGCAUUGCAAGUUUUUUGUCCCUGCCUUGGAUUAGCUUAUCAUGCGUUUUAAUCAAGUUGGUAUUUUUUGGCACGCCA